CCGCCCCCUCCGCCGCCUCUCGGGGGAAGGGGGGACGCAGGGGGCAUCGCGGGGCCCCGGCGGAUGCGCCCCCCGCCACCUCUCGGGCUGCGCCGCCUCGCGGGGAUGAAGCACCGGCCGUGAAGAUGGAGGUGACCUGCCUUCUACUUCUGGCGCUGAUCCCCUUCCACUGCCGGGGACAAGGAGUCUACGCUCCCGCCCAGGCUCAGAUUGUCCACGCAGGCCAGGCAUGUGUCGUGAAGGAGGAUAACAUCAGUGAGCGUGUCUACACCAUCCGGGAGGGGGACACCCUCAUGCUGCAGUGCCUUGUCACCGGGCACCCACGGCCCCAGGUGCGCUGGACCAAGACGGCGGGCAGCGCCUCGGACAAGUUCCAGGAGACGUCAGUGUUCAACGAGACGCUGCGCAUCGAGCGCAUCGCGCGCACGCAGGGCGGCCGCUACUACUGCAAGGCAGAGAACGGCGUGGGCGUGCCCGCCAUCAAGUCCAUCCGCGUGGACGUGCAGUACCUGGACGAGCCCGUGCUGACGGUCCACCAGACGGUGAGCGAUGUUCGAGGCAACUUCUACCAGGAGAAGACGGUGUUCCUGCGCUGUACUGUCAACUCCAACCCGCCGGCCCGCUUCAUCUGGAAGCGGGGUUCCGACACCCUAUCUCACAGCCAGGACAAUGGGGUCGACAUCUAUGAGCCCCUCUAUACCCAGGGGGAGACCAAGGUCCUGAAGCUGAAGAACCUGCGGCCGCAGGACUAUGCCAGCUACACCUGCCAGGUGUCUGUCCGCAAUGUGUGCGGCAUCCCAGACAAGGCCAUCACCUUCCGGCUCACGAACACCACGGCACCACCAGCCCUGAAGCUGUCUGUGAAUGAAACUCUGGUGGUAAAUCCUGGGGAGAAUGUGACCGUACAGUGUCUGCUGACAGGCGGCGAUCCCUUACCCCAGCUUCAGUGGUCCCACGGGCCGGGCCCGCUGCCCCUGGGUGCUCUGGCCCAGAGUGGCACCCUCAGCAUCCCUUCAGUGCAGGCACGGGACUCUGGCUAUUACAACUGCACCGCCACCAACAACGUGGGCAACCCUGCCAAGAAGACCGUCAACCUGCUGGUGCGAUCCAUGAAGAAUGCUACAUUCCAGAUCACCCCAGAUGUGAUCAAAGAGAGUGAGAACAUACAGUUGGGCCAGGACCUGAAGCUGUCAUGCCAUGUGGAUGCAGUGCCCCAAGAGAAGGUGACUUACCAGUGGUUCAAGAAUGGCAAGCCAGCACGCAUGUCUAAGAGGCUGCUGGUGACCCGAAAUGACCCUGAAUUGCCUGCCGUCACGAGCAGCCUAGAGCUCAUUGACCUGCACUUCAGCGACUAUGGCACCUACCUGUGCGUGGCUUCCUUCCCAGGGGCACCAGUGCCUGACCUGAGCGUCGAAGUCAACAUCUCCUCUGAGACAGUGCCUCCCACCAUCAGCGUGCCCAAGGGCAGGGCCGUGGUGACCGUGCGGGAGGGCUCGCCCGCCGAGCUGCAGUGUGAGGUCCGAGGCAAGCCGCGGCCGCCGGUGCUCUGGUCCCGCGUGGACAAGGAGGCUGCGAUGCUGCCUUCGGGGCUGCCCCUGGAGGAGACCCCCGACGGGAAGCUGCGGCUGGAGCACGUGAGCCGCGACAUGAGCGGGACCUACCGCUGCCAGACGGCUCGGUAUAAUGGCUUCAACGUGCGCCCUCGCGAGGCCCAGGUGCAGCUGAACGUGCAGUUCCCGCCCGAGGUGGAGCCCAGCUCCCAGGACGUGCGCCAGGCGCUGGGCCGGCCCGUGCUGCUGCGCUGCUCGCUGCUGCGGGGCAGCCCCCAGCGCAUCGCCGCGGCCGUGUGGCGCUUCAAAGGGCAGCUGCUGCCCCCGCCGCCCGCUGUCCCCGCCGCCGAGGCCCCCGACCACUCGGAACUGCGCCUGGACGCCGUCACCCGCGACAGCAGCGGCAGCUACGAGUGCAGCAUCUCCAACGACGUGGGCUCGGCUACCUGCCUCUUUCAGGUCUCGGCCAAAGCCUACAGCCCGGAGUUUUACUUCGACACCCCCAACCCCACCCGCAGCCACAAGCUGUCCAAGAACUACUCCUAUGUGCUGCAGUGGACACAGAGGGAGCCCGAUGCUGUCGACCCCCUGCUCAACUACAGACUCAGUGUCCGCCAGCUGAAUCAGCACAGCGCCAUGGUGAAGGCCAUCCCGGUGCGGCGCGUGGAGAAGGGGCAGCUGCUGGAGUACGUCCUGACCGACCUCCGUGUGCCCCACAGCUACGAGGUCCGCCUCACGCCCUACACCACCUUCGGGGCUGGUGACAUGGCCUCCCGCAUCAUCCACUACACAGAGCCCAUCAACUCUCCCAACCUGUCAGACAACACCUGCCAUUUUGAAGAUGAGAAAAUCUGUGGCUACACCCAGGACCUGACCGACAACUUUGACUGGACACGUCAGAAUGCCCUCACGCAGAAUCCCAAGCGCUCCCCCAACACUGGUCCCCCCACUGACAUCAGCGGCACCCCUGAGGGCUACUACAUGUUCAUUGAGACAUCAAGGCCCCGGGAGCUGGGGGACCGAGCCCGUUUGGUGAGUCCCUUGUACAAUGCCAGCGCUAAGUUCUACUGCGUCUCCUUUUUCUACCACAUGUACGGGAAGCACAUCGGCUCCCUCAACCUCCUGGUGCGGUCCCGGAACAAAGGGGCCCUGGACACGCACGCGUGGUCCCUCAGUGGCAAUAAAGGCAACGUGUGGCAGCAGGCGCAUGUGCCCAUCAACCCCAGCGGGCCCUUCCAGAUUAUUUUUGAGGGGGUUCGAGGCUCUGGCUACCUGGGGGAUAUCGCCAUAGAUGACGUCACACUGAAGAAGGGAGAAUGUCCCCGGAAGCAGAUGGAUCCCAAUAAAGUGGUGGUGAUGCCGGGCAGUGGAGCCCCCCGCCAGCCCCACCCACAGCUCUGGGGGCCCAUGGCCAUCUUCCUCUUGGCAUUGCAGAGAUGAUGAGAACUGCAUGGCCCCUCACCCCGCCCCCGGCACACCAAAGUGUCCGCAUCGUACCAAAGACUGACCCCCGCCAGCCGGGGUGCCCAGGGGCAGGGCCGGCCCGCCAGGGAGGGGGCCUACGUUGGCUGCGAGGAUGAGCAGAGGAUGAGCAGAGAACGAGGACAGAGGCCUGGCGCUGAGGCCCCGGAGACGGUCGUUUGACACACGCACACACUCACACUCACACACACAGAGAUAUAUUAAAGCACAAGUUUCUAUCCGACCUGCCAGCACCUUCUUUUCUGCGGAGACAAGGGACUCACCUGAAUGGUGUCCGCCACCCCAGGGACCUCGGCACCACGUGGGCCUUGUCCUGGCUGCACCUGUGGUGUGUUUCUGACUUUCUCUCGUUCCUAACUCAGCCCAGUGGCUUUACCAGAGGGGAGCCAGAAGGGGAGCAGACUCGGGAGCCCUACCCUGGGCUGGACUCUGUGACUCCCCAGGAUAGGGGAGGCCUGGGUCGAAGGAGGCCGGGGUGGGGGGGGGGUACUUUGUGAGCUCUGUGAAUGUCCCUCUGCAGGCAGUGGCGACAGGGGUGGGGCACCUGCUGCAUGCCCUCAGUUUUCAGGGCAAGGGCUGGAAGGUGGGGAGACCCCAGGUCACCUUGAUCCCUUGACCUGUUCCUCAGAUAUCAUAUCCUCCCCGCACUAUGCCCGUUUGAAGGGACCCAGCACAGAGUCUUGGGCCUGGGCAGUCUGAAGAUUGCCGCCUUCCUUCCUGCCCCAUCUGACCCCACUCCCACCCCACAAGGAGCUGGAUUCCUGAGAGCACAAUCUCCAACCUAGUCUGCUGGCCUAACCUCAGCGCCCACCUGUGUCUCAAAGGGGUAGGAGGUGGGGGGUGGGAGGAGGGGGGUAGUGGCCAGCCAUUUUCUGGGAUGAGGCUUCCCUUUGAGAGGAGCAGAAGGGAAGGCCUGUUUUCUUGAGUAGUGCAGAGCCUUCGUUUUCUAUAUACUUGGCAUGAAGGGGUGCCCUGGAUGGGAGCGUGUAUAAAGGGGGUGCCCCUGUUCCCCCUCCACUGCAAAGCACCGUCUAGCUGGCUCUUCCCCUCCCUGCCCAGGGGUUUGUGGAGCUGGGCAGAGGGCCAUUGCUGGCCUCCUGUGUUGCCUGGGAGCCAUGCUCCCAUCCAGAACUGUGAAGAGGCUCCCUGGUCUUGGGUUCUGGGUUGGGCGCCUAGAUGGGCACAUUGGGAUCUAGGCCUUUCCUUUUCAAUGUCACCCCUGAAAUCCCCCCCCACACUAUCCAUGGGAGAGAGAGGCCCAGCCCCUUCCAGAGUGAGUCUUCGUGUAUGUGUCGUACGUGUGGCCGUGUGUGUGUGUGUGUGUGUGUGUGUGUGAGUGUGUGUGUGCACAUAGGUGCAUGUGUGCACGCCUGUCUGUGCUAGUAUAGCACUGUGGGCACGUCUCUGGGCAGGAGUAUGUGCAGAUUAUGAGUCUGUACGUGCAAUUACACAUAUCUGUGAGGCCGGGUCUGCGGCUUCGGCAUGCGUGUCCACCUUCGCGAGUGACAUGAAUGUUUGUGGGGUGCCGGCCAAAUAUACCCCUCGCAGCCCUGUUCUGUAGCUUCAAGCUGCCCGAUUCUCUAUGUUUUAUCCCCUCUGGAUGACAAAGAGCUUACAGAUGACCCUAUUGAAAUGCAAAAAGCUUUGGUGGGGCGUGUUACAGGGCUUGGCCUGGAGCAUUCGGUGGGGACAGCUGCUGGGAAGAGGGAGCACCGGCAAUGCCAAGAGGCAGGCAGGGAACCAGAGCGGAGGCUGCCCACGUCGUGGCUUUGCCAGGCCCACGCUGUCAUCAUCACCAACAGCUGGUGGGUGGCUGGGCCAGGCCUGGAGUGGGGCCUCCGAUCCCCGACCAGCCUGGCUGCCUCCUUGGCCCAGCCAAGGCGUCUCCAAUUGAGUGGCUCCAGGUUCCCAGGACACACUUCCAUCACGUCUGCUGAGUAUUGUUCCUUAAUUGUCCCAUCUGUGCAGGGUCUGUUGCCCCAACUAGACUGUGAGCUCCUCCUCUGAGCCUUCCAACCUUCUCCCCCGCCCCGCCCCAACCUCCUGCCCAGCACAAGUGGGCCUGUUAUGGAAAUCACAGCAGGCUUUGCCCAGUGGAAUGGAUUAUAUAAAUCAGUGCUUCCCGGCCCUGGCUGCAGAAGAGAACCACUGGAGGGUCUUAGAAAGCACUGAUGCUUGGGUCCUAUGCCCAGAGGUUCUGAUUUAAUUGGACUGGUGUGCAGCCUGGCAUCAGAAAUGUGUAACGGCUCCUCAGAAGAACCCAGGAACGAGAACCACUGGCCUAUCACCAGCCAGGUGCUUCCUCUGUGCCCUUGCAGGGGUGGAUCCAGAGAUUCCAGAGAGGAAUAGCACCGAGCCCUUCCUCCCCGUGGCACUGAGGUCCUCGGUCCUCACGUGUGGAUGGGCAAGGGUGGUGCACGUGUGUCUGUGUGUGCAGGCAGGUGUGCAGGGAGUGUGGGUGUCAGUGGGUAUUAGCAUAACAGUGUGUGAUGUGAGUGUCUAGUGUGUGCCUGUCUGCGUGUGGGAGGAUGCGGUCUGCAAGACAGAGCGUCUUCUUGUGUCCCUGGGUGGUGACUGUAGGUCAGCAUUUGUGUGUCUGCCUGUGAGUUGGCACCUCUGUCUCAGUGUCACCUAUGCCGUGUGUGUCUUUCAGUGCCCGUGGGUGUCAGUGUCUGUGUGCUAGUAGGUGGUUCGUGAAGACCCCCCCGCCCCCCAGCCCAGGGGAGACCAGGCUGGCUGGAUCCAGUGCAUCUCCCCCGUGGCAGUCUCGCCCUCUGGGUCAGGGUGGCUGAGGCAUUUUGUGGCCUUAAAACAGGGAGUCCGGGGUCAGCUCUCAAGGUGUUGGGGUUGGUUCACCCCUGUCGCCCCCAGUUUGAUGUCUUGGGGAGACCUCUGGGGCCAGGUGCUGUACAGGUAGAAGCGGGGGAGUCUCAGCUUGGCUGUCUUGCCCUUGGGACCAGAGACAGCCACCUAGGGCGCCGAGCUAAGCCUGCAGGCCACCCCUCAGCCCUGGGAUGCUCCGCCCAGCUUGCCUUCUCUGGGAUACCCUGCCUCCUCUUUCCCAUUCAUUCUCCCUUCUCCCUUGGUGGAAGCCCCUGGCUCAGGCUCUCACUGCCAGGAUGGGCCUCAGAGGUCCUUCCGUAAAUGAGAAAGGCACAGGGGUGGGGGGACGGAUUGGCCCAACGUCACACAGCCAGUUGGAAUGGAGCCAGCCCUGGAAGCCCCAUACUACAGCACCCAAGGGUGUCACAUUGCUGGCCACUGCCGCCUGCCUGGCAGCAACGAGGAGCUUGGUCAAACUGCCCUGUCUCUGGGCGCUGGCACAGAUGUUACAGAUGUUACUGGGCACCUGCUCUAGGAGAGGUACUGUCUCCCUGCCCCAAAUUCUGGCCUCUCAUCCCAGGCCACUACUCCUCCCACCCCAGAUCAGGCCUGGGGGCCAUGUGGAUGCUGCCUCCCCCUGCCCACACUGGUUUUAGCUGCUGUGCAGGCUCCCAGAUACAAGGGACUGUUUGGCCUCCUCGGCCGUCUGUCUUCAUAUGAGCCUGGGCUUGAAAUGAAAGUCAGUGUGUCAUGGUGGGCUUCCCCCUAAGGACCAAGAGGGCUGGGGUGAGAGGGUACAAAGUCUUGUGUUUUCCUCUCCCUGGACUCAGAGGGCUUGGGGAUAUUUUCAAGGUCUGUCCCAAGGAAUGGGAUAGAUGAAUCUGCUCUGGAGGGUCCCUGUAGGGCCACCGGUUGAGGUUCUGGGUUCUGGGGAGCCCUGCCCACUUCCAAAGGCAAGAUAGCAUGCCCCUCUCUGUCGAAUCAGUGCUGUGUGUGAGAGUGUGUCUGUGAUGGUAAGGGUGGGGGUGUGUAUCUCUGUGUAUGUGUGUGUGUGUGUGUGUGUGUGUGUGUGUGUGUGUAUGAGGUGUGUGUACAUGUGUGAGGGUGUGUGCUGGGGCAGAAGGACCACCCCUUCCUAGGGAUCCCUUGACCCUUAGAGCUGGAAGGGACUUUCGAGACCAUCUAAUCCAGUGUCCUCACUGUACAGGUGAGAAAGCUGAGGUCAGAGAGAUGGCAUUUGCCCACCAUCACCCGUCCUUCAUGUCACCUGCAUUCAUUUCCCAGAGGCCCCACUAGAAGUGCCCUCCCUCCCAUUACCUCCUCACCUCCUCCCAGCUACCCCCAUAAUCAUCAUCUCAGCUCAACUCUGUCUCUGUGGUCUCCAAGCAUCCUUCCUGCCCCAGGUGGCCAGCUCACCAAGGCCUUUAUCCCCAACCCAGGAGACGGGGCAGGGGAAGGAGGGGACAGCUCCAGCCCUGAGGCCUCACAGACUUGAGAGAAAAGCCAACCCCUCCAUGCCCAGGCCCACCCCACCACCAAGGUAAAAGCACAACAGGAGACCCUCAUUAAUGGGUGAAAGGUAUUGGGGUUGUUUUAGUCACACGACCCCAUCCUCACCCCUUUGCCUUGCUCUCUGUCUCCACCCCAGCCUCUGUCCCCUCUUUGUCCCUCUUUCACCCCCAAGACCCCCCCAAAUGUAACCUCUAGUUGCGGACGCGGUUGUUUCAAUCAAUAAAGCUGCAGUGUUCUAGU